AUGUCUUUUGAACUUCAAAAUAUACAAGAUUUGCUAUUGGAUCUACCCAUCACUCUGAAGGCUUUUAAGUUAUGUGCAUUCUUGAAAGUUGCAAACGAUCCUCUCUCAGAGAGCAGUGAUGAUCAAAUGGUGUUCACGUUUUAUCUAAAGCACAUGAAACCUCAAUACGAGAUCCGGUCCCUAAGCAAGAUCAUUGGUGUGAAGGUAACUCGACCGAUUGAGACUGAUAGCUUUCCCAAUGCCAAAUUCAAGGUCGCAAGAGGUUCAACUAGUAAAGUCUACGAGUUCAGUCUUGCAGAUUCACCAUUUCUUAAUCCGAACGACUAG